AUGACAUAUCGGGAUAAUUCCGGUUACUUUCAAGCUUUGAAAUGGAUUCAACUAUUAUUUUCGUUUCUGGUAUUCAUCCUGGAAAUGAUUGAACUUGGUGCUACCAUGAAUUAUGACAGAAAAUAUGGCGCAGAUCUUCCAAGAUUAAAUCUAGGAAGAGACUAUGCUAAGAAAUAUAUUUAUUUUGUUUUCGGUUUAAGUAUUUUCUGUCUAGCUUUAUAUCUAGUACGAUUUCAAUAUAUUUGGAAAUCGCAAAAAGGCCCUUUCCUUUGGAUUGAAAUAUCUUUUUUGGCAUUAUGGUUUUCGGCAGCGAUGGCAAACCUUGACGAUGUCUUUAAAGGCCAAUUCUCAAAUUGUGCAAAUAUUCACUCAUUUUUUUCGGAAAAGAUAAUCAUUCCACAAGAACCAUUCACAGCAUGUAAUACUUAUAUUGCAUCAUUAAUAUAUUGUUGGUUAAAUACAUUAUCAUUUGUUUUAUCAACAUUUAUUUCAUGGAAAAUCCGAAUAGAGAAAAGUGCAAAAAUACAACAAACAAGAAGAGUUAAAGUAAUAAAAUUAAUUAACGAUAGUGAUAAUUCUGAAAUGAGACAGGCUACAUUUAUUCGAGUUGAAUCUCAUAAUGAAAAUAGAGAAUAUAUUAAUGGUGUUGUCGAAAUUCAAAUCGAUAAUAAAAAUGAAACGCCUUAG